UUGUUGAGCGGCGCAAAUGAGGCACAGUCUGUGAACGGAAUAAAAGUCACAUCACAUGAGAUUCAUGCCGUAUGACAUGUCGCCUUCAUUUGGAGAGAUUGGGCGCAGAUAUGUCCUCGUCUUCACGAGACCCUCGACGAAUAAAUCCAAACGAUCCACGCAUUAGUAAUAAAAGAACGACCAGUGCUUCACCCCCAAAGGAUGAGGCGACAGGGCGAAAAAUCACAAAAGCUGCAGAUGCGACCUUCAGUCCAAGACUAGGGUCCAGUGCGGACGGAUCAAUCGGAAACCCGGCACCGACACAAGAGCAGAUAUCACGGUUACUUACUGAGUUGGUGGCGCAAAGUGCCGUCCUUGCCUCCUCACAGACAAGUCUUGACCAAGCCGAAGCACAGCUCAAACACGCGAACGAUGAGUACGAAGCGGUGCAGACUGAUAAGUAUAAGAAUUUUGCUGCCAUUAAAGAGCAAGCACAAUUCAAUAAGGAUCGAGCCGAAAACAAGCUUAACAAAGCGCGAGAGGCAGCGUACAAACAGAGAUCCUCGCAUGAUCGUGUUGUGCAAUUACUAGCAGGAUACAUAAGCCAAGGGACCACGCAAACACCAUCAUCAACACAACAUGAUGACCAGAUUGCAGGCUUAACACGUGAUCUUGCCCUUCUCAGCUCUAGGAUACAGAAAAGCGACCUUACCAGAGACACGGAGAGGGGUUUGGAUACUAACAGAGUGGCGGAACUUUACAAAGCUUUGCAUCAAACAAUUGAAAGCGUGAACGAACGAUUUCAUGGGCUAAAUCUUUCCGUGGAAGGCAUAACUAAUCGCUUGAGUCAAGAAGAGGCGGCUCGGACUGCAGCGCAUUCUUCUGAUGCUGCGGCGCUAGCGCAAUUGGAUGCCGCUUGUCACGAGCUGAACCACCAGAUUGAUCAAAUCCGGUCGGACUUAAAAAGAGGCCUCGAAAAGGCGUCGCAAGAAACAACAGCGCGUUCGAAUGAUAGAGAUGCAACAGCCGCUAGGACGAGUGAAGAGGCCGAGGCAAGGUUGCGAUCAGCGAUCGCUGACCUAGAGUCACGACUUCAAAGAUCUGAGGAUGAUCGACCUCUCUUUGCACGACGAGAAGAGCUUGACAGCUUAAACGAUCUGUUGGAAACUACACAAGCAGAAAUUAAAGAACUACGGGCGAUGAGGACGACCGUUGCGCCAGGUUCGGCUAAUAGAGCUUCUGAGCAAUAUGGCGUUGUACAGUUCUCGCCUGUGCCUCCUAUGCCAACAGAACCGAUACGGGUCAAUGGUCAUACACAAGAGAUGGUACCUCACGCUCUCGUGGCGGAAAUCGAUCAAUUGAAGGCUGCAAUGCGCUCACAUCGACAACGGCUUGACAAUUUGACCACGGAUCAUGUAGUACGGCAGAUGGUGGAGCAGCUACAAGUUCUUUAUCCGAAUGCCAAGAGCACGCAAGCCGCAUAUGAGCGGUUUCAACGAGAAGUGAACGAAGCUCGUGGUAUUGCCGCGACGACCAGUAGUGAGGUGAAAUCAUUACGUAACGGAUUGAACGAGCUGCGAAGUCUCGUUGAAGGUCUGACCAAUGCCCGUCAAGAUCAGUUGAACUCCAAUACUAGGAGCUCUCCGGCACAAUUGGCCGAAUUGCGGGCCAUUACCAAUACGGUUGAGGAUCUCAACCGUUCGGUCACCAAGCUGGAGACGAAGUGUGAUGAAUCGUUUACAUUGCUCUAUGAGAACUUCGCCCAUAUGCAGGAUCGCCUAGCACAAGGCGAGACUCUGAUGCGCGAACAUUCCCGCAGCAAGAAUUGAGGCCCAGAGCCCAACACUCCCAGAGUCCAGCAGAAGAGACGCAGAAUAUCAUGAUCCUAGCGGCACCCCUGUCAGGCAACAUUAUGCAUCAUUGCUAAACUUUGGCCGCUUGUGAAUUCCACAAAAGGGCUGACAGAACAUGCGGAGAUCCCGCAUUCCCUACGACGAACACGAACAAUUCAUGGCAUGAUACAGAGUGUUUCUUCUUCCACGCAAACCACCACAACACCGGAUAGGCCGCUCGACAAGACGCCGCGGCCUACAACACCAGCACACAAGCUUAACGCUCAGAACCUCUUCUCUUCGGAACUAUUCUCUACCUCAUCAUGAAGCAUAUACCCCACCCUC